AUGAUUUCUGACGUCAUCACUCAGCGACUGUUUAUGUGCGACAAUUUCAUCAUGGCGCUCUUUCCAGCUUUUUCCGAAGAACUAAAUAUAAACGAUGAAAAUCCUCAAAAAGAGUUAGAUUGGUUGAAAAAUAAAAGUUUUCAAACUCAAGACGCGCUCUCUUUGCACUCUCGUUUUUUGGAGAAGACACAAGAUGGAGCAGAUUCAAGGGCUGUAAGCUCUGCAGAGGAAUUAGGAGAGGAUGUGUCUCACAAAAAGAAGCGUAAAAAAAGUGAAAAGAAGAAAAAGAAAAAACACAAAAAGCGGCACGGGUAUUCUGGCAGCAGUGGAUCUGACUCUGAAAUUGUCUUCCCAAGUGAUUUAAAGAAAGACCAAGAUAAUGACAGGCCCAAAAGUGAUGUAUUUUCAAGUAAAUUCUCCUGGCUUGAUGACCAUAGUCCUGCACUGAAAGAUACAUUCUGUGUUGACAACAAGCCAGACUCAGCCAACUGGACUUACAAGUCACUUUAUAGAGGAGAUGUGGCCAGGUACCGUAGAAAAGGCUCUUCUGUUUUGGGUGUAGAUCCCCGCAGACAGGGAGUCGUGUGGGAUGACCCUGGAUCUGAUAAGAAACUAAAAGACAAGAAGAAGCGCAGAGGAGUUGGAUGUGGAGAGGAGAGAUAUUUUUCUACAGCUUGUCGCCAAUUACUUUUAUCUGAAUUACCCGUCUUAAUAGCACCUACAGCAACUUCUGUAAACAUUGACAUUAAGGGAGAGCCUUUCCUUGCUUUGUGCGAUACAAAAGAAAAUACAGAAUCUCUGACAAGUGAGCGGUCACAGAGUUCAUCCUUCAACCCUCUCGGUGUGUACGACCCAUCCACUGCCCUCUGGGUGCAGGGUAAAGGGAAACCAGAUGAACCUGACAAAAAAACAGAUCCACAAACAUCAGAAAUAUCAAAGUUUUUCACAAGGAAAACAGAAGACUUUAACAAACGACUCAGAGAGCAACCAGAUGAUACUGAAUUGUGGAUACAGUUUAUGCAUUAUCAGGAUGAACUUAGUGCGACAGUAUUUAGUGAUGAGCAGGACAGUCAGCGCCGGGAUCACACAGAGAGACAUAAAACUUCAUAUCGAGCAGUGCUUGAGAAAAAGCUGAGCAUAGCAGACCGAGCUGUUGCUUCUAAUCCCACUUGUAUUCCUCUUCAACUGGAGAGAUUAAAGAUCUGCCAAGAACUCUGGGAGUCCUCAGUUUUAGCAAAAGAAUGGAAGAAACUGGUUUUUCUUCACCCAAACAGUGCGUCUUUGUGGAAGGAAUAUCUACUGUUCAUGCAGAGCUAUUUCAGUAACUUCUCUGUGACCAAAGUCAACGCUGCGUAUGGGAAAUGUCUGAGCACUCUGAGUGCUGUUCGAGAUGGAAGCAUGGUCUCUCAUCCAGCUCUGCCCAGGGUGGAGGAGGAUAUGUUGGACAUCUUCAUCCAGCAGUGCCACUUCCUGCGUCAGGCCGGUCACUCAGAAAAGGCAAUCUCUUUGUUUCAGGCUUUGAUAGAGUUUACUUUUUUAAAACCCCCAACUGUACAAAAACUAUUGACCAAGCAGCAGGUGGAGUUUUUUGAGACUUUUUGGGACAGUGGUGAAGCUCGAGUGGGUGAGUUUGGAUCAAAAGGCUGGAAGUCGUGGAUGCUUCAACAGGAGCGAGGCGGUUGGCUGCAGCCAUGUGAAGACGAAGAGGAAGAAGUAGAGGAGGAGGAAGACGAGGUCAAAGAUCCAAAACAGUCCAAAUGGAAGAUCUGGUUAGAUGUGGAGUCAUCACGGGAGGCAGCUCAGUGGUUACCGUGGAGACCAGACAAAUCCCAGGGCCAAUCAGAAGAGGACUGUGAAGAUCCUGACCGACAGGUUCUGUUUGAUGACAUUGGCCAGUCCAUGAUUUGUUUAUCAUCUCCAGAAUUACAGCUUCGACUUCUCCUUCAUUUUUUGUCAUUUCUGGGACUGCCUGUUAAUAUUUCUAUGUCGAGCCAAUCAGCAAUGUUGCUAGAAAAGCUUUCACUACUGACUCAAAAUGAUAACAUUGCACGACCUCUGACAUUUCCUGAGGUUCUCAACACUGGGAUGAAUUCUGUUGGACAGCCUUUACUUCCUCUCCACCAUCGAGCCAUUCUGACUCUGAGCCGCCUCCAGAAUGAGAAACUGAAGGUCCUGCAGAGCGCAUGCAGCAGCAACAAAAAACAUCUCCAGUCACAAGGCAAGAAAAGCAAACGCGUUGCAAAGCGUUUACUCAAAGAAGCAGAGAACCGUUCUUCCUUAGAGCUGUGGCGGGAGUAUGCGCACUUGGAGUGGCUUUUGGGAAACCUGGAAGAAGCACGAAAGGUUUUUGCCACAGCAGCGUCGCUUGGAGGGACCAAUGCACUGAACUCUCCAAGUCUGUGCAAUCUGACGUUAUUGUGGGCACAGUUAGAAAUUGAAAAUGCUUUAGAUAUCGGUGGAAGACUGACGGACGUAACUGCAUCGCCGGCCGUGUGUAUUCUAACACGACUUGCCGAAGGAGCCACAGUGUCUUCCUCCCAACUGCUCUCUCCAGUUUCUAUAUUAAAAGCACGAAAAGCAUAUGAGCAAACGGUUACCAGCACUUUAUCUACCUUGGACCAGGACUCCCAGACACAAAAAGAUAAAGGUCCAUCAUACAGAGGCCUGAUUGGCUGCUUUGCUCUGUUCCAAUACCUGACCGUGGGGAUCAAAGCUGCCUCUGAUGUAUAUACACUGGCCAGAAACCCGCUGGAGGCCCUGCAGCAGAAGCUAAUGGAUGGCAUCAAGAAUAACAAAAGUGAUUCCACGGAUUUUAUUUUGAGUUUGUCGUCUGAGUGUGAGGCUUUAGCGAUACAACACGCAGCUCUGCUCAAGUACCACGGCAAAGUGAGUGUGUUUCCGUUAGCUGAACUCCGACACAUUUUGACGGACGCCUUGACGGCUUGGCCUUGCUGUGCUUCCCUCUGGAGCAUCUACAUUCAGGUAGAGAACCGUUAUCACAGCGCCGGCCGAGCUCGCCGCUUCUUUCAUUCUGUAAUGCGGAAAACAAAUAAUGUGGUGCCAAGCCUCUUUGCGAUCGUGGCCGAACAACAAAGGAAGCAGAAUAUGGACGCUGCUCAGAGAUCGUGUUGCCAUGGCGCCGCUUUGCCUACGUUGCCAGAAAACGGCCUUGGUCACAGAAUCCGUGGGUUAUUUGAAAAUACAACAAAAACUCAGACCGGAGCUCAUUGUCCUCUGCUUUGGAGAAUGUACAUGUAUUUCCUGGUGUCCGAUGGUAAAGAGGAUCAAGCCAAAGGGAUUUUCUAUAAAGCGCUGCAGAAUGUUCCGUGGACUAAGGGCCUGUACAUGGAUGCAGUUCAACUGUUCCCGGAGCAUUUGCAGGAGUUUGUGGACCUGAUGACGGAAAAGGAACUUCGACUCAGGCUCCCGCUGGAAGAGCUCGAUAUACUUUUGGAAGACUAA